AUGUGGUCACAGGUGGGAGAGAGAGCGUUCUUUGGCCCUGAUAAAAUUAAAGAGGCCGAAGAAGGAGUCGCCCAUGUGCGAGAGAACUUGAAGAUCGCUCAGAGCCGACAGAAGAGUUACGCAGAUAACCAUCGGAGAGAUCUUGAGUUCAAAGUGGGGGAUCAUGUGUACCUCAAGGUCUCCCCGCUACGUGGGACUUUCAGAUUCCAUGUGAAAGGGAAGCUCGCACCCAGGUUUGUAGGCCCCUACCGGAUCGUUGCUAGAAUUGGCAAGUUAGCAUACAAGCUUGAGUUACCAGAAGAGCUAGACAGAGUGCAUCCAGUGUUCCACGUAUCUCAGUUGCGCAGAUGUCUGAAACUGCCAGAGACACAAGUGCUCGUUGAGUCACUAGACCUACAGGAAACACUAGAGUACCGGGAGUACCCAGUCAAGAUUCUAGACAGAGCCACCAAGGAAACUAGAAGCUCUACCAUUCCCAUGUGCAAGGUUCUGUGGAGCAACCACACAGAAAGAGAAGCCACUUGGGAGAAAGAGUCUGAGCUGCAGUUACGUUACCCCUACCUCUUCGAAAGGUACGUCACACCUUAA